UUUUGUAUUUUUCUUGUUUAGAUGUCUGUGACCGAGCAACCUUGUUAUACUCUCAUCAGUACACCAGAUUCAGACUAUCCUUCUCAAGAUCAACUCAGAAAAGAGUUAGAAAUUGGGGAUAUCAAAGCCAAAAUUGAUGCCUUAAAAAAGGUCAUUUACAUCAUUCUGAAUGGAGAGAAGAUUCCAGGAAUCCUCAUGGCAGUUGUCAAAUUUGUGCUUCCCUUGCAAGAUCACAAUGUCAAGAAACUUCUAUUAAUAUUUUGGGAAAUUAUUCCAAAGACUUCACCUGAUGGAAAACUUUUGCAUGAGAUGAUUCUUGUUUGUGAUGCUUACAGACGAGACCUUCAACACCCAAAUGAAUUCAUAAGAGGAUCAACCUUGCGCUUUCUUUGCAAACUUAAAGAACCUGAGAUCCUAGAGCCGUUGAUGCCGUCGAUCAGGUCAUGUUUGGAACAUCGACAUAGCUACGUUCGGCGCAACGCUGUCUUGGCUAUUUAUACAAUUUACCGCAAUUUUGACUUCCUUAUCCCCGACGGACCAGAGUUGAUUGCCAAUUUUUUGGAACGUGAACAGGAUAUGUCUUGUAAGCGCAACGCAUUUAUGAUGUUAAUUCACGCAGAUCAAGAGAGAGCUCUGUCAUACCUUACUUCCUGCAUUGAUCAAGUUCAUUCAUUCGGAGAUAUUUUGCAGUUGGUCAUCGUUGAACUAAUUUAUAAGGUGUGUCACGCUAAUCCUAGUGAGAGAUCGCGUUUCAUACGAUGCAUCUACAGCUUUCUGAAUGCCACAAGUCCGGCUGUUCGCUACGAAGCCGCUGGCACCCUAGUAACCCUGUCGUCUGCACCCUCAGCUAUUAAAGCUGCUGCCAGUUGCUACAUCGAAAUUAUCCUAAAAGAAAGCGAUAAUAAUGUGAAGCUUAUUGUACUGGACCGCCUAAUUGCUUUGAAAGAGCAACCAAACCAAGAACGUGUUCUGCAGGAAUUGGUGAUGGAUAUCUUACGUGUGUUGGCAACUCCGGAUUUGGAAGUAAGGAAGAAAACACUUUCCCUCAUUCUAGAUUUGGUUUCGUCGCGCAACAUCGAAGACAUUGUGCUGGUUUUGAAAAAGGAAGUAACCAAGACGCACAACACAACGGAGCACGAGGAUACGGGAAAAUACCGCCAACUUUUGGUGCGCACUCUUCACUCGUGUUGCAUCAAGUUUCCUGAUAUUUCCGCUACCGUUAUACCCGUUCUAACCGAAUUCCUUUCCGAUACCAAUGAGCUGGCUGCAGCCGAUGUUUUGGUUUUUGUUCGCGAAGCAAUUCAAAAAUUCGAGGGACUCCGUGCACUUAUAAUCGAAAAGCUGCUAGAAGCCUUUCUUUCUAUCAAAUCGGUCAAGGUGCAUCGUGCGGCAAUCUGGAUCUUGGGCGAGUACGCAACUUCGACAGAUGACAUUCGUUCAGUCAUGUCGAAAAUACGACAAUCGCUAGGUGAAAUUCCUAUGGUGGACGAUGAAAUCCGGAAAGCAGCUGGAGAACAACCCGAUGGAGAAAGUCCUGCUACGCAAAGUAAUGUCGCCACUAACCCGACGGCUCCCAACGCUCGCUUAGUCACAGCAGAUGGUACCUAUGCCACUCAGUCUAUCUUCAGCACUGCCGCAACAACCGCCAAAAAAGAAGAAAGACCUCCUCUUCGAAAGUAUUUGAUGGAAGGUGAUUUUUUCAUUGGAGCAUCAAUGGCUACAACUCUAACCAAACUAGCCUUGCGUUUCGUGCAACAAACUUCCAACACGCAAACCCAAAAUCAGUUUUGUGCAGAAGCCAUGCUUGUUAUUACGGCAAUCCUUCAUUUGGGCCGUUCUGGCUUGCCACAAAAACCAAUCAGUAACGAUGAUGCUGCAAGACUAGGGCUUUGCCUUAAAGUGCUGUCAGAACGAUCACCCAUCUUGGUAGAAGUCUUUACGGAUGCCUGUCGUCGUUCAAUUUCGCUUAUGCUAGCCGCUAAGGCUGAGGAAGAAGCUGCUGCCCAAAAGAAUUUAGAAAAGAACAACCGAUCAGUCCAAGCUGAUGACCUCGUCUCGUUUAAGCAACUUCUUUCUCGUAAUGAACUAGGAGGCCUUGAAGACGUUUUUGAAUCAAGUUUGUCUCAGGCCUUGGUGGGAUCAGCUCAACGAACCGGACUGGAUCUGAGCGUCUCGAAACUGAACAAGGUGACACAGUUGACAGGAUUCUCUGAUCCAGUGUACGCCGAAGCUUACGUCAACGUGAACCAGUAUGACAUCGUUCUCGAUGUAUUGAUUGUUAAUCAAACGGCCGACACGCUUCAAAAUUGCACGCUGGAACUAGCCACUCUAGGUGAUCUGAAACUCGUUGAAAAGCCGUCGGCAAUCAUUUUAGCCCCACAUGAUUUUGCUAAUAUCAAGGCCAGCGUUAAGGUCGCUUCAACAGAAAAUGGAAUUAUCUUUGGAAAUAUAGUCUACGAUGUGACUGGUUCGACGUCAGACCGAAACGUUGUUGUUCUCAAUGACAUUCAUAUCGAUAUUAUGGAUUACAUAAUGCCUGCCAGCUGUACUGACGCCGAGUUCCGCCAGAUGUGGGCUGAUUUUGAGUGGGAAAACAAAGUCACUGUUAACACCAACAUCAAUGAUCUAAAUCUCUACUUGCAACAUCUGCUCAAAUCGACAAAUAUGAAGUGCCUGACUCCAGAGAAGGCUUUGGCCGGUGAUUGUGGAUUCAUGGCAGCCAACUUGUAUGCUCGUUCGGUCUUUGGAGAAGAUGCGUUAGCUAAUCUCAGUCUAGAGAAACCGUUUGGUAAACCUGACGCGCCAGUCACCGGACACAUUCGAAUUCGAGCUAAGAGUCAAGGAAUGGCCCUUAGCCUUGGCGACAAAAUUAACACAAUUCAAAAGGCUUCAGUAAAACAUGUUGUGGCUUAAAUGUAACCGCAGUAUUCUUCACGGUUGCUUCCAAAAUUUCAUUCAUUCUUUGAUUCAAUAUUAUUCCCAAAUUAAAAUGUCUAUUUGUUGCAAAUGUUUUCUCUCAUCUACAUUCUUUUAGGAAUACGUGGAAUGCAGUUGUUGAUUAGUUUUUCAUCAUCAAUAUAACAGUGGGCUAUGUUAUAUUAAAA